AUGAAUGUCCCCUGCUCUUACCAUGAGUUCGUAAUCCCUGUUUCCCGAGAUAGGGUAUUCAAGGCGGUGGUCAUCGACGGGCACAACCUUCUGCCAAAGCUGCUCUCUAAUGUAAUCAAGAGUGUGAAACUGACCAAAGGAGAUGGAGGACCCGGAACCAUCAGUCGAACCAUCUUUAAGUCAGGCAGGGAAGACGUAUACAGGGUCGACGUCAUCGAUCCAGAGAAUUAUGUUCUCAAGGCAACUUUGAUCGAGGGCAGCAUCUGGAUGAAAGAACGGAAGGUGGAGUCGUUGGUCUACGAGGUCAGGUACAUAGCUUCAGGCCCCAACAAAUGCAUCAUCCAGAUAGCGACCGAGUUCCACCCGAAGGAAGAUUCUUCAUUUUGGAGCAUAACUAAUGGCAAGGUCUAUAGUGCAAUCAGUUGUACAGCGCAGUCAGUCGUUGAAUUCAAAUGCUUGUUCUCGGAGGGGUUGUAUUGCAAGUUGAUCCAGGCUCUCGGCAUAGCUAUGAAGAGACAGAGGGAGAGGAAAUAA